AACCUACAAGCGGCGAAGGAUUUCGAUUUCGAGUGGUAAAAUGGUUGGCUACCCGAGCAACGUAACCCUAAUACUCCUCUGGUAGUUGCAGUAUAUCCAAAUCCCUCCUCCAAUUCGAAUUCGAUUCCCCACCCCCACCCCACGCUCCCUCCCCUCGAAUCUAGGGUUUCGCCGGAGCCAUGGACCCCGGCGGCGGGGCCGGGGGCGGGAGGAGGGCCGGCUUCGAGCGCGCCUGCCGCCUGCCCAACACCGUCCACUCCGAGAUCGCCCCCGCGCUGCCGCUCCCCACGCUCCCGCCCGCCCUCGGCGACGGCGACGACCGCCACGACCAGCCGCUCGCCGACCCCGACCGCCCCGACAUGAUCAUGCAGGCCGCCAACAUCGCGCGCAUCCUCGCCCACACCGACGUCUCCCACCUGGGCUUCACGGAGGCGGACAACGUCCACGCGGAUCCCACCCACUGCUCCUGGCUCUGGAGGGAGGUGCUCAACCACAACCCCGACGCCUUCCGCAUCAAACCCCAAGAAUGUCACACUGACUGCCUUGGACUAACCGACGAAACAUUUGUUCCCCUUGAAGGCUAUGAAAAUCAAAAUCAGGAGCACGAGAAGCAUUUUGAGCAUGUCACGCCAAACUUUAAUAACAUGCGAAAGGAGCAUGUAUUUCCUCGGGAUGACAUUAUCCCACACAGAGAGCAUCUUCAGAAUAAUCUAUCACCAGAUUCAAUUGCUUCAAAGAAGCCAAAAGUUAGGAAGAAAGAAAUCCACAAUUCUGCUUCAAGUUCUGACCCCAGCAUCCCUAAUAGUCAAGAAAUCAUCGGCAAUUUCUGUGAGAUGGUAGAGGAUUUCUGUGGAAAAGCAGAACUUCCUGAUGAUGCAGAUGGUGAUGAGUGGCUAUCAAUUCCACUGAAUGAUGCUAAAGUUCUUGUAAAUGAAAUCACAUCUGUUCGGUCAAAGAAGAUUUUGCAUGAGAUUCCUAUGGAUACACUUGCAAGGCUAUUACAUGUGAUAGACCGUCAGAUCCGGUGUUCUCAAGGUUUAUCAAUCGAUGUGAAGGAAAAUGCUGAUGCUGCAGAUGCUGAACCCUUGGUUUUCUCUGCUUUGGAGUCGAUUCAUGCAGCAUUAGCUAUAAUGACCCACCAUGACAUGCCAAAGCAGUUAUAUCGAGAAGAACUUAUUGAGCGAAUUCUGGAUUUCUCACGGCAUCAGAUCAUUGAUUGUAUGGCUGCAAGUAACCCAACUUUUCGAGCUCUUUACAAACCAGCUGAAAGAGUCACAAAUGAUGGUGAUGAGGAUGAAGAAGACAUGGAAAAUGGACCAGCUAACAAAAGGAGGCGUACUACUACUUUAAACAUGAGAAAAUCUUCUACAAACAGAGUUUCUGCUUCUAUACAUUCAGCUGUACAGAAACUAUGCUUGAUUUUGGGCUUUCUUACGGAACUUCUGACAACAGUGCGCUUAUCAGAUAGUUGUAUCCUGCAGUUAGCAAAAACAUGCUUUACUACAUUCUUGGUGGACAAUAUGCAACUUUUACAAUUGAAGGCAAUUUCUGUCAUUUGCAUGGUUUUUUCAUCAUACACACAACACAGGACUUACUUGGUUGAUGAAACACUUGUUCUUCUACGUAAGCUACAAUUUUCAAAAAAUGCUAUUAGAACUUACCAUCUAGCAGAUGAAGAACAUAAGCAAAUCCAGAUGAUAACAGCAUUAUUAGUUCACCUGGUUCAGUUCAGUGCAAAUGUUCCUGAUAAUUUAAAGGGAACAGUAAACUGGAGCACUAUUGUUGAUGCAUCAGUUGAUGCUAGUUAUCCAAUCAAAUGCCAUGAAGCAGCAACGGAAGCUUGUUGCCUUUUUUGGACCAAUGUGCUUCAACGUUUCACUGCUGCUAAAUCUCAGGAUAUGUCAGAAGCCAAAGGGAUUAUAGAUAACCUUGUACAGGACUUGCUAACCAUACUAAACUUGCCUGAGUAUCCAGCUGCUGCCCCAGUACUUGAGGUUCUCUGUGUGUUACUGCUUCAAAAUGCUGGAUUGAAGUCAAAGGAUACCUCUGCUCGUUGUUUUGCUAUCGAUCUUCUUGGUGGUAUUGCAUCAAGGUUGAAGCGUGAUUCGGUUAUCUGUAGCAAGGAGAAGCUUUGGAUAUUGCAAGAACUUACUGAUACUGAAAGCGAUGGAUCAAAAAUCUUGAAGAAUAAAUGCUGUGUUUGUCUUGGUGGAAGAGGUAUAAAUAUGGGAUGUGAUGUCUGUGGAAGAUGUUUCCAUUCAGAUUGUGUGGGUGCUGUUAGUCAGGAAAACUUACAGUGUGAUUAUGCCUGUCCGUUAUGCUUUUGCAAACGGCAGCUCAGUGUGUUGCAAUCAUAUUAUGAGUUACAGAAUAAAGAGAAUGGCAAAAGAAAUGCUGCCUCUCAUCGGAAGAAAUCUACUGUACCUGAUGAGCUGACAGCAGUGGAUAUUGUUCAGCAAAUACUUUUGAGUUAUAUUCAGGAAGCUGGUCCGCAAGAUGAUGGGAACCUGUUUACACGAUGGUUCUAUCUCUGCAUGUGGUACAAAGAUGAUCCACAUUCUCAAGAGAAGAUUAUCUACUAUCUUGCCAGACUGAAAACUAAAGAGAUUCUGCGGGAUUCUGGUAAUGGUUUGGUAUUAUCCAGAGAUUGGGCUAAGAAAAUUUGUUUGGCACUUGGCCAGAAGAACUCAUUUUCUAGGGGGUUCGAUAAAAUUCUUUCCCUCCUUUUGGCUAGCUUGAGAGAAAAUUCUCCUGUAAUAAGAGCAAAGGCCUUGCGUGCAGUCAGCAGUAUAGUUGAAGCUGAUCCUGAGGUCUUGGGUGACAAACGCGUCCAGUCUGCUGUUGAAGGAAGGUUUUGUGACUCAGCUAUUUCUGUCCGUGAAGCUGCACUUGAGCUUGUAGGUAGACACAUAGCUUCACAUCCUGAUGUGGGCCUGAAGUAUAUUGAGAAAGUGGCUGAGCGGAUAAAGGACACAGGAGUAAGUGUUCGCAAACGUGCGAUCAAAAUCAUCCGUGAUCUGUGUGCUUCAAAUCCAAACACGGACACCACUCGUGCCUUUGUGGAAAUUAUUUCUCGUGUUAAUGAUGAGGAGUCUAGUGUACAGGAUCUUGUUUGUAAAACAUUUUAUGAGCUAUGGUUUGAAGAACCAACUGGGAGUCAUAAGCACUUGGUUGCUGAUGGUAGUUCAGUUCCUAUGGAGAUUGCAGUAAAGACUGAACAGAUUGUUGACAUGUUGAGAAAUAUGCCCAAUCACCAACCCCUCAUUACCAUUAUAAAACGUAAUUUGGCUCUUGAUUUCCUUCCACAGUCAGCUAAGGCGACAGGCAUCAACUCAUCAUUUAUGUUAUCCCUACGGAAGCGUUGUGAGUUGAUAUGUAAGCGCUUGUUGGAAAGAAUACUGCAGGUGGAAGAGGGAGCUGCUAGUGAGACUGAAGUCCAUGCGCUUCCUUAUGUGCUUGCCUUACAAGCAUUUUGCGUUGUUGAUCCCACCCUCUGCACUCCUGUAACUGAUCCUUCUCAGUUUGUUGUGACACUUCAACCAUACCUUAAGAAUCAGGUUGACAAUAAAUCAACGGCCCAGUUGCUUGAAAGUAUAACUUUUGUAAUUGAUGCUGUUCUUCCGCUCAUAAGGAAGCCACCACAAUCUGUGGUUGUAGAGCUAGAACAGGAUCUGAAGCAGAUGAUUGUUCGGCACUCUUUUUUGACAGUUGUGCAUGCCUGUAUCAAGUGUCUUUGUGCCCUUAGCAAAGCAGCAGAUAGAGGGCCAAUGUUAUUGGAAUACCUUGUUAACAUUUUUUAUAAGCAUCUUUCUGGUUCUAAUUCUGAUAGUCAGCUUUUGGGCCGAUCAUUGUUUUGUCUUGGACUCCUCCUUAGGUAUGGUUCUCAACUCAUGGCAGCAUCUGAAAAUCAACUUGAUUUCCCAAAGAUUAUUGACUUGCUCAAGAGGAGGUAUCUUCUCAAGGAUGAUUUCAGCUUGAAGGUUCGAGCUUUGCAGGCCCUGGGGUACAUACUUAUUGCAAAACCUGAUUUUAUGCUACAUAAAGAUAUCUUAACCCUAAUAGAGGCAUCACUGUCUUCUGACGUUGAUUAUAGACUAAAGAUUCAAGGAUUGCAAAACCUUCUUGAGUAUCUCCGUGAUGCGGAAAGCCAACUCAAUACGGAGAGCACCAGCAAGCCACCUGUACACUAUGCAACAAAUGGUGGUAGUGAAGUGCCUGUUGCUGCUGGUGCUGGAGACACUAACAUAUGUGGUGGUAUUAUCCAAUUAUAUUGGAAUUCUAUUCUUGAAAGAUGCUUAGAUAUAAAUGAUCAAGUCCGUCAAAGUGCACUAAAGAUUGUUGAAAUUGUUCUUCGCCAGGGUUUGGUUCACCCCAUUACCUGUGUUCCACACCUUAUAGCACUAGAAACAGACCCACUGGAGGGGAAUUCAAAGUUGGCUCAUCAUCUUUUAAUGAAUAUGAAUGAAAAGUAUCCUUCAUUUUUUGAAAGCCGAUUAGGUGAUGGCCUGCAGAUGUCCUUUCGAUUUUUUGAGUCCACAAUUAGCAAUCAUAACAUGGUGGCCACAAACAUGAAAUCGAAUCCAAUUGCCUUUGUUAAACCUGGGAUAUCUCGAAUAUACCGUCUGAUCCGUGCAAACCGGAAUUCCAGGAACAAAUUUGUACACUCAAUAGUCCGUAAAUUUGAGGCUGACAACCGCAGUUACCCCACAGUUAGCUUUCUUGUGUACUGUGCUGAAGUUCUUGCCUCUCUCCCGUUCACAAGCCCUGAUGAGCCACUUUAUUUGAUAUAUGAUAUAAAUCGGGUUAUUCAAUUAAGAGCUGGAGCAGUUGAGUCAAGUUUGAAAAAUUGGACUUCCAUGUAUCAGCACCCAGAAAUGGUGGGCAUGCCAAGAGACACUGGUGAUGCUGUUAUGCAUGAGGCUGGGGGAUACUCAAACCAAAAUUUGAUUGAUGUUUCUCAAAUGAUGCUUGGCAAUACAUGCAGCAUGCCAGUUGUUAACAUGGCCAAACUUCAGGAAGAUUGCCAUGGUGCGAUAGCUCUGCAGCUCCUUCUCAAACUGAAGCGACAUCUGAAAACUGUCUAUAGUUUAACCGAUGCCCGCUGUCAGGCAUUUUCUCUGAAAGAUCCACCAAAAUCUGGUGAAACAAUCUCCAAGCAGAAUAUCCCAUUUAACAUUAGUAAUACUAACACCAGUUUGCCAAGCUGCCAUCAGGAUGCAGCACGUGUCUACCAGGAUUUCAAGACAGUGCUGCGAGAAGACACUGUAGACUACGGAAUGUACACUGCUUCGGCCCAGAAAAAGCGUCCAACUCCAAGAAGCUCAACGAGAGUAAGAAGGCCAGCGGCUGUUACAAGAGGCCGUGGCGGGGGUGGUGGUGACGAUGAAGACACCGAGGACGAAGAUUGGACUGGCAGGGCAAGAGUGCUGGACUUCAGCGCUCAGGGUGGGCGAGUAACAAGGCAGAGGGUUCAAGUAUGACUGUUGACUGCUUUUGUACAUUGUAGGAAAUUUUAUAGGUGACAUGGGGUGGGGGACUUAGGUUGUCUAGGGGCCAUUUUAGUAUAUAGAAGCAGAAAGGAAAGGAAGAUAGCUUUUACUUAGAUGCCAUUAAUUUGGAGCACUCCUUUUCUUGCUUGCUGUUGCCCAUUUUAGUUGUUGUAAUGUAAUUGUUGUCGGGCUCUGGCAAUACUGAAAAACAGGUUGUGCUCCUUUCUAAUUCAAUGGAAAAGAAAGGGUUUUCUUUUGCUUCUCA